CCUCGGGAGGCGCCCCGCCGCGGCCGGGGCUGACGUCACAAGGCACCCAGCCGCCGGCGCCCCGCGGUGCGCGCCCCGCGCCGGGACCCGCCGCCCUCUCGGCGCGACACCCAGCGCGCCCGGCCGCGCGCGUGCCCGUGCCCGGUCCCCGCCCGCCAGCGCCGCGGAAGAUGGCGAUCCCGGCGCCCCCGGCGCCCGCCGAGCAGGGAUGCCCGGCUCCCGCAGCCGCCGAGCCGCCGCCGCCCCGGGCUCCCCGCGAGGAGCAGGAAGGGGAAGCGCCGGAGGAAGGGGCGGCGGCGGGCGCGGGCCGGCAGGUGGAGGAGGCCGCGGGCGGGGCGGCCGCCGCGGUGACCUGGCUGCUGGGGGAGCCCGUGCUGUGGCUGGGCUGCCGCGCCGGCGAGCUCCUGAGCUGGAAGAGGCCGCUGCGCAGCCUGCUCGCCUUCCUCGGGGCCAACCUGCUGUUCUGGUUCCUUGCACUGACUCCAUGGAGAGUGUAUCACCUGAUUUCCCUCAUGGUCCUUGGACGUGUUAUUAUGCAAAUAAUAAAGGAUAUGGUUUUGUCUAGAACGAGAGGUGCACAGCUGUGGAGAAGCCUCAGUGAAAGCUGGGAAGUUGUCAAUUCCAAACCAGAUGAGAGACCUGGGCUCAGCCACUGUCUUGCAGAAUCAUGGAUGAAUUUCAGCAUAUUUCUUCAAGAAAUGUCUCUGUUUAAACAGCAGAGCCCUGGCAAGUUUUGUCUCCUGGUCUGCAGUGUGUGCACCUUUUUUACGAUCUUGGGAAGUUACAUUCCUGGGGUUAUACUCAGCUAUCUACUGUUACUAUGUGCAUUUUUGUGUCCACUGUUUAAGUGUAAUGAUAUUGGACAAAAAAUAUACAGCAAAAUCAAGUCAUUUCUGCUGAAACUAGAUUUUGGAAUCAGAGAAUAUAUUAACCAGAAGAAACGUGAGAGGUCUGAAGCAGAUAAAGAAAAAAGUCACAAAGAUGACAGUGAAUUAGACUUUUCCGCUCUUUGCCCUAAGAUCAGCCUCACCGUUGCUGCCAAAGAGUUGUCUGUGUCUGACACAGAUGUGUCCGAGGUCUCCUGGACCGACAAUGGGACCUUCAACCUUUCAGAAGGAUAUACUCCACAGACAGACACUUCUGACGAUCUUGACCGACCUAGUGAGGAAGUUUUCUCUCGAGACCUUUCAGAUUUUCCGUCUCUAGAAAACGGCACGGGAACAAACGAUGAAGAUGAGUUGAGCCUUGGCUUGCCCUCUGAGCUCAAGAGAAGAAAGGAGCACUUGGCCAGCGGUCCCAGACGCAGCGCAGAGAGGCAGUCAGCGGCUGGUCUCACCCUUCCUCUGAGUAGUGACCAAACCUUCAACCUGAUGAGCAACCUGGCGGGGGACGUCAUCACCGCUGCGGUGACCGCUGCUGUCAAAGACCAGUUAGCGGGCGUGCAGCAAGCACUGUCUCAGGCUGCUCCCAGCCCAGGGGAGGACACAGACACAGAGGAAGGGGAUGACUUUGAACUGCUGGACCAGUCAGAGCUCGAUCAAAUUGAGAGUGAAUUGGGGCUUUCACAAGAUCAAGAAGCAGAAGCGCAGCACAAUAAGAAGUCUUCAGGCUUCCUUUCAAAUCUCCUCGGAGGCCAUUAGUCUGGGAAUCAGCUUGUGUGACAGAGCACAGAUAAACUACCAAAAAAUUUCAAAUAAGCAAAAAAAAAAGAAAAAAGACAAAAAAAAAAAAGAAAAAAAUCUUUUCAAACUGUGAGCUUUACUGAUUACUUUAGAGAUUUUUGGUCUUUUCCGCCCCCCCUUUCUGCAGUGAAUUAAUUGGAUAUAUAUCAGCUGACACUGAUAGAUUGAUACUUCUGAUAGUUAUUUUUAUGUAAUGAGCAUGGAAAUGAACUUUAUAUAUGUAUAUGUAUAUACUUACUGCCCUGUCAGAGUUGAAUAUUAGAGGUUGUUUUUAAAAGCAAAAUGAAAACACCCAAUUAUGGAGAUCCUCCCAUAAGUAUUCCUUAUUUUUUCUCCACAAUUAAUUUUUCAAGCAUGCAAAAACACUUUAUUGUAACUCACUGAAAUAUUAACAAUUAAUUGUGAAUACAUGCUAUAUCGGCUCCUUUGUUCCUAAUACAUGGAAACAGAAAAUUUUGAUAGAUUUUGACAUAAAAAGACCAAAAUUAUCAAGGUCACUUUGGUUGACAGACUUGGGAGAUACUAUUAAAAUUAAUUUCCUAGGAAAAAUUUUGAAAACAUAUUUAACUACGUUGGGUAGGUUGAUACAUUUCCAUGUUAUUUCUGCAGUUAUAGACUUUAGGCUUCCUUGUAAAUGGCUUGCUCCAUUGACGGCCAGCCCUAGUCUUGCAACAGGUGGUAUUAACACAUCAAAAGUGAGUAAUUAGAUACCACGGAGAUGGUGGUUUUGAUGUAAGCAGAGAUUGGGCUGUGCUUUGUUGUUCGGUUGUCAUAUAUUUGUGAUGAGGAUGUUGGGAGUGCAGAUCUAUUCUGCAGGCUCAGAACUAGGUUAAACCCUUAUCUUUCAUAUUAUGGAAAAAAGUCUCUUAAAACUGUGAAACUAGUUCCUGGUAUGUUCUAUGAGUGAUGCAGUGGUCAUCAGUCGUAGAGAAACAAGAACUGUUUUCAUAGUCUGACUCUCCUACAGGAGGGAAACUUGCUUGGCUUUCAGGUGUAUUUAUUUGCCAUAAAUCUGUAAUCUGGUUCUUCUUAGGAAGCUAGGAUAUAUAUUUUCCUUUACUUUAGACUUUUUAGGUCACUUUUAAAUAACCAAAUUUGACUUAGGUUUUUAACAAAAGACUAAAGAGCAGAAAUCAAGCUAAUUUUGUU